GUGGCGACGGGGUUGGUACUUGGUAUGGUGGGUGGGACUCGGUACAAAAGAAAAGAGUAUGAUAUUAUUGAUAUGUAGUUUAUCCUUUCAGCUCCACUCCUUCCUCUCUUCUCUCUCCCUGCAAAAUAAUCCCAAUAAAUAAGAGAACCCUGCCUAUAAUAUAAUUGGGGGGGUUCAGGGCUGCAUAUUUCCGAGAAAUGGAGAGGUUAAUUUCUUCCAAUUUAAUCCCUUCCCAGCUCCGUUGCGAUUCCCCAAUUCUUCCCCGACUUGACUCACUCCGGAGACUCGCUCCUUCUCCUUAUUCGACGUUGUCCUUUCCGUUGCUUGCUCGCUCCAAAUUGCGCCGACUCAAUCUUCUCUCAUGCAAUCACCAUGACCCGUAUUUUGUUGCCCCCAAACCCGUUGAUGAUUUCCCGGCAAAGGAUUUGUCUGUUUCUGUGGAUUCGGCCAAUGGGUCGGAAACUAAGUCCUGUUUUCUCAACCUAAUUGCUAGUACAUUAUCUAAGCAGCAAAAGGUGUAUAAUGCUGGGAAACUGAUAUUAAUAUCAGCAAUCUUUUUUACAUUACACCAUCCGGCCAUAGUGCUACCAGCUUUUGCUAGUUUUCCGAGUGCAGCUAAAGCUGGAGCUCCAACUGCGGUUGCAGCAGGGAGUAGUCUCGUUCGUAGUGAGUUACUCAGCAGUGCGUGGACUGGCUUCUUUGCUGGUUGCUUACACACACUAUCAGGUCCUGAUCAUCUUGCUGCAUUAGCUCCACUCUCAAUAGGCCGUACGAGGAUGGAAAGUGCUGCUGUUGGAGCCCUAUGGGGAUGUGGCCAUGACGCUGGACAGGUUAUAUUUGGCUUACUUUUUCUACUCUUGAAAGAUCGACUUCAUAUUGAGGUCAUUAGGACGUGGGGAACAAGAGUUGUGGGUUUUACUUUGCUUGUAAUUGGUGCCAUGGGAAUCAGGGAAGCUUCAGAAGUCCCUGCUCCGUGUGUUUCCCUGGAAAAUGUUGGAUGUGAUGUUAGUGGGUAUGAGGCUGUUACUAGCCCGUCCAUUGCAAAGAAGAAGAUUGGAUUCGCCACUUUUGCAACAGGGAUUGUCCAUGGAUUGCAGCCUGAUGCUUUGAUGAUGAUCUUGCCUGCACUGGCAUUGCCUUCUCGCUUGGCUGGUGCUGCAUUUCUGUUGAUGUUCUUAGUUGGGACAGUAAUUGCUAUGGGAAGUUACACCGUGUUUAUAGGUUCAUGUAGUCAAGCGCUCAAGGAUAGAGUCCCUAGAAUAACGGAGAAGCUCACAUGGGCGUCUUCCCUUAUAGCAAUUGCUUUAGGGCUUGCGAUUCUGAUCAGCCAAUUUUUUGGAUUUAGCUUGUAUUAACAUGUUUAGAAUUCCUCAUUUGUCUCUUUGUGGUAGUGAAAGAUUUUGGGAGGUACAAGGUAGUGAAUUGAGAGAAAAGCUUGUGCCUGUGACUUUGUAUGUCCAAGACUCCAAUAUGAUUCUGAAGUUAGAUAUUUCAUUGCCCCGCCCCAAAAGGUAUGGGGCAAGUUGCCACUUUGAGUAAGAUGGGCUCUAGACUGAUU